AGGCACGUGAUGGGGCGCGACGUCAUCAUAAACACUUGUAGGGAAGAUGGCGGCUCCUGGCCCCGGAAAGGUAACGGAAAAGGUAUAUUAUAAACAGGAAGGUGUAUUCAUACAUCCGUCUUGUGGAAAAGUUGAAGAACAAGACAGUUUAAUUCCUGGGACAUUACGUGUGAUAGAAAAGGAUGCUGAAAUUAUUGUUGAUUGGAAUCCAGUGGAAGAAACUUUGGAUUCUUCAAACAUUCGUUGUACUGUAAAGGAUUCAAGUUCCGUUGUAGAAUUGACUCCUGCACCAGAAGACAGAGUUGUCCGUGGUAUUUCCCACCAAAGCAGUUAUGAAGCUGAAUGGGACAUGGUCAAUGCAGUAUCGUUCAAGAAGAAACUCUUUUCAAAUGGGGGGGUUCACAGUCCUUUGACUGUCCAGAGCAAAUGGUCAUUCCUAUUCAGCUUGGCCGACCUCAAGUCAAUUAAACAGAACAAAGAAGGCAUGGGCUGGUCUUAUUUUGUUUUCUGCUUGAGGGAUGAUGUUGUCCUCCCAGCUCUACACUUCCAUCAAGGAGGAAGCGAACUUCUGCUUGAAUGCCUUGAGAAAUAUGUGCUGCUGUGUGAAUCAGAGCAGGAUAGUAGAGUUCUUCUCGUGAAUUGGGAGAAUAAGAGCCUGUCCCAGUCUUUUGAAAACCUGCUGGAUGAACCAGUUCAUGGUUUAUUACAUAAGCUCAAGAAGGAUCCAUAUGUUGCUACAAUGGUUGGAUUUUCCAAAGUCACAAACUACCUAUAUGGCACCUUGCGUGGCUCUGAUACAUCUACACAGCGCAGACCACCUCAAGAAAUGGCCGACUUCCUAAGUGACGCCAUUCCAGAUUUAAAAAUAAACCAACAGGAAGAAUCCGGAUUCGAAGUAAUAACUCGUAUUGACGUAGGAACGCGCCCAGAAGUCCAUAGAAGAGAUCCGGUCUCUGUGUUAGAAUGGAUUGAAAGCAUGGAUAGUGAAGGAAGAAUCGUCAAUGUGGAGCACAUAAAGCACAUCAUAUUUAAAGGGGGACUUUGCCAUGGUAUUCGAAAAGAGGCUUGGAAGUUUCUGCUGGGUUAUUUCCCUUGGAGCUGCACGAAGGAGGAGAGAGCCAAUUUACAAAAAAGAAAAACAGACGAAUAUUUCAGAAUGAAACUUCAGUGGAAAUCAGUCAGCGAAGAACAAGAGAAUCGAAAUUCAAGAUUGAGAGACUACCGGAGUUUAAUAGAAAAAGAUGUCAACCGCACAGAUCGAACAAACAAGUUUUAUGAAGGCCAGAAUAAUCCGGGAUUAAUUUUACUUCAUGACAUUUUAAUGACAUAUUGUAUGUACGAUUUUGAUCUAGGCUAUGUUCAAGGUAUGAGCGAUUUACUCUCCCCUGUUUUGUACGUUAUGGAAAAUGAAGUAGAUGCCUUCUGGUGCUUUGUAUCGUUUAUGGAUCAAAUGCAUAAGAAUUUUGAGGAGCAGAUGCAGGGGAUGAAGACACAGCUAGUUCAGCUGAGUACCUUGCUACGCUUAUUGGAUAGUGGCUUCUGUAGUUACCUUGAAUCUCAGGAUUCUGGUUACCUGUACUUCUGCUUCCGAUGGCUUCUAAUUAGGUUCAAAAGGGAAUUCAGCUUUCCGGAUAUUCUUCGUGUUUGGGAGGUAAUGUGGACAGGCUUACCUUGUGAAAACUUCCAUUUGCUAAUUUGCUGUGCUAUCUUGGAGUCUGAAAAGCAAUAUAUGAUGGAAAGGAAUUAUGGCUUCAAUGAAAUUCUCAAGCACAUCAAUGAACUUUCUAUGAAGAUGGAUGUAAAUGAUGUUUUAAGCAAAGCUGAAGCAAUUUCUUUGCAGAUGAUGAAGUGCAAGGAUUUGCCUCAAGCAGUGUGUGAAGUUCUUGGACUCCAGAGCAACUCUGUCCCCACUACAGUUGGAGGCUUUAGUGAAGAAAACGUUGCCAAGAAAACUCAUCACAAGUCUCCACCACAAAAUGUCUCUGUGCCUGUACUUGCUGCCAAUGGCACGCAACGCAACUCUCUGCCAAAAAGUAUUCACACACUGUCUGCCUGAUACAGUGUUUGAAAAAGAACACAUACUGAUAAAAACUUGACACGGACAUUUGGUUUAAUAUGUGACAAUAAUUCCGCUUUUAAUCUGAAAUUUUGAAAAAAAUACUCCAAACAUUUUUGUCUACAUCAGUGUCUUUGCAUUAAAGCUUUUCACAAAAGAACUUACCUAAUUAUUUUUGUAGUAGACGCUGAACCAAACUAGCCUCUAUCAAUAUCAUUCCAUAGCCUCUGAGAAAUGAUGUGAGUUACUAUGGAAAACUGGAAAAUAAGUACUGCAGUACAGCAUCAAUACAGCAAAAAGAUUACAGCAAUUUGACUUAUGACAUGAAAUGGGAAAGUUGCAUUUUAUUUUUGAUUUGUUUUUCACCACUUAGUAAGAUGAAUAUUUCUGCAGAACAAUAAAUGUUACUUAACAAUAGAACAAAAGAACAGAAUUGUAUGAACUAUACAAAUUUGUAUUUAAAUUACCUUUUGCUUUUUAAUUAUCUUUGUUUAAAUUGUCAACCAUUUAAAAUUCAAAUGAUCAGUUAUUGGAAACCCAGUUGAAGCUCACAUAUACAAAUAUUCCUGUUUAGUUAAAUUGCAUUUAGUUUAUAGUCGACUAAAUACAAUUGCUUUAAAGUAUGAAAACAAAUGAGAUUUUGGUUGAACACAUUUUCUAGAUCACUGGCUCUAAUUUCUACCCACCCAGUAUUGUCAAAUUCUAGAGGAAACAUACAAAUAUGACUGUCUCAAUUUAUUGGAAGCCAUGUUUAAAUUAUAUAGAGUGUUUCAUAUAGAUAUAUUUAAUGGUUGUAUAUGAUCAGACUGGGCUACCACUUGAGAACCACCGUUCAAGAUUAUAGUCUGUUUCCAUUUUGGUCUGUGACUUUUUUUGUUCUAUAGCCAGUGAGGGAUAUCCUUGAAAAAGUUGCUCUGUUUUGUUGUGCAGAUACUCAAUGCCUUUUAAAUGAUUAGUGAUAGACUCCUUUUGUAAGAAGAAGUGAUGAUCCACUCAUUUAUUUAAAUGUUAAAGAAAGCUGUGGCCUACUCAUUAUUAUUAUUAUUCUGUUCAAAGUCAAUGAUGCGUUUUGUACUAAGCUACACAUGUCAGAGUAAAGAUAAUAUGACUGAAAUAUUUUCACUCCAAUGAUUCACAUUUCAUUGUACUUUCUUAUAAUUUGUUUUAAUCCUUUUCCCAUUAACAGUGCAUCAAUGGUCACAUCAUUCUACUAUGGUAUUAUCUGCUUCAGGUGGAGGUUACUUAUCGUCCGUUCUCUCACUAAAACUAAUAUACAUAUUAAUAAUCUCAAUAACUGGUGUAUUUAUUUUAAGGUCAGCCGAGGGAUGGAUUCACCACAGUGCAUGAUUCUAAGUUAUGUGGGCCUCUGCAUAACAAAUUCAAUGUAUUAAUUGUAUAGUGAAUAAUGUAAAUACUGAAUCUGAAAUGUAAUUAUUUCAACUGACACUUUUACAUCUGGUUUGGUCCUUUGGCAAAUAAAAUAUUCUUGUGUUUCCA